UGGGGGAAGGGAUAGGGCCUGACUCUGGCGCGGAGGGGGGCGGCACAGCCCACCAAGCGACCAUUGAGACCCUGGCGACCUGUGAGGCCCAGGCGGCCGGUGAGGCCCUGGUGACCGUUGAGGCCCAGGCGGCCGGUGAGGCCCAGGCGACCAUUGAGACCCUGGCGGCCUGUGAGGCCCAGGCGGCCGGUGAGGCCCUGGUGACCAUUGAGGCCCAGGCGACCAUUGAGACCCUGGCGGCCUGUGAGGCCCAGGCGGCCGGUGAGGCCCAGGCGGCCGGUGAGGCCCAGGUCAUAGAGAUUGGGGUGGCAGAGGAGGUCGUGGGGCCCAAGACAAGCUCCCAUUCCUUCUCCUCCUCGCCCUCCAUCAAGCCAGCAGAGGAGGAAGAGGAGGAGGAGGAGGCUGGGGACCGGGUGCCACAGCGGCUCGUUGACGCCCGGCAGUUCCCCCUCAUGAAAUUCCGGUUCGCGUUCCUGGAUCUGGUCAACUCGCUCCUGCAGCGCAUGUAUCACAGAGACGACCUCCUGAUCCGCCCCUACUGGGACCACCAGCUGCUGCGAUCCCGCGCUGCCCUCUCCAGCUCCAGCUCCAGCCCCAGCGCCAGCCCCAGCCCCAGCCCCGAUCCCCGCCCUGGCCCCAGUGAGCUGCAGUUGCUCCACAUGCCCCUGCGGUCCAGGGUAGGGGCACCGCGCCAGGGCGAGGGCGAGGGCGAGGCCGAGGCCGAGGGCGAGGGCGAGGAGGAAGAGGCGGUCGUCUCCAUCCCCGAGCUGGAGGACCCAACGGGGUGCUGCAACCCCACCGCUGUGCUGACCUUGACCUCGGCCUUACCGGAACCCGCGAAGGAGACAGCACAGAGAGCGAAGAGCGGAGAGCAGAAGGUGGACUCCGAGGGUGAAGAAUGGAUAGAAGGUGGGGCGACAAUGGCCAGGAGCGGGGACCGCGCGCCCUGGGGACUGGAAGCCGGAGACGGGCCCUGCUCCGUGCUGGCCAGG